ACUUCACAUGGGUGCAAGUAGAAUAGUUGCGUCCGACUGAUGAUAGGAUAUGUCAACGGGUGUGCUGAUUGCUAGCUGGAGCUAUGUUCACACGAUGUGAAGAGAAUUUACGCGGGGAGUAAGCAUGACCGGCCGAUGGAAGAUGCCGACAGGGCUCUCGAAAGCAAUCGGCACUGGGGGGAUGUUGGAGGUAGCAUUGAUCAAGCUGGUCUCGAGUCUCGAGUCUCCACGAGGCUGAGGCUGGAUUUGAGUGGGAGUGGCAAUAGUUCAAUGCAGCGAGAGGAGCUCUUCUGGUGCUGGCCAGGCCAGAUCCUUGACUUCACGGGGAGUGAGAGAUACGGCGUGCUGGUGCAUUUUAGGGGAGGGGAAUAAGGAUUCGGUGUUCAAAACGACGGUGUGGGAUGGUGUCAUGGGUAGACGAUGGGGCCAGGGCACACCAAUGUUGGAGGUAAACAA